AUGGGGAGCCCUAGGCAACCUCAACCUCUGCGUUCGAGUCCGAAUGGUUCUCAAGCCUCGCGUGACGCCGCCCUCUCAGGCGCCAACCUGGCCUUCAUCAAGUCUCUACCACCGCAUGAGGCUCUGAAAUAUCUCAACAAGCGCUCUCCACCGCCUGCGCCGGCCGAGAGACGACAGCAAAAUGUCCGAACGGCUUCCAAUCACCCUGUCGCGCACCAUGACGGUCCCGCCAGCAGCCGCACAUCGCCGGACCACCUGAGGCUCCCCAAGAGACCAUCGCACAAGACGACGCCCUCUGCAUCGAGCCUGACCGCUACCAUCGCUGCCGCUCGCUCCGCUGUCACUGUCAACAAUGCGCCCGCCCAAUUGCCGACCAAACCUCCUGUCCGCGUCGCCGGGAACCUGCCUCCUCCCGUCGCACCCAAGACAAAGUCGCCCGACAAGCUGGACCUGACUCCCAUCCCGCCGACAACUUCGCUGGUCGAAUUAUUCGAGCGCAAGGAGACUCCGCCGCCGCCUGCCAUCAAGUCUCCGAAACCGCUGCGCAAGACGCUUCUGUUGCGCAAUCAGACUCUUGAGCCCAUCACUACCCGUCUAGAAGCGCAGACUCAUAAUGAGAGUUCCGGUGACGAGGCAUAUGAAUCUGCCAGGGACCACCUAUCGCCAGACCAGCCAUACAAGCCUGCUCUGCCGCCAGCUCGCCGUCUUGUCCAGCGUGCCGACAGCAAAGUCCAAGAGCCCACAGAACCCUCGAUCCGUGUACAGCCACCUUCGCGCACCAUAUCCGAGAGGAACAAAAGUCGCUCUUCCCCUCGCCGCUCGCCCUCUCCCGAUCCUUCGCAUCUAUCGACCUCUACCACUAAGCCUAUUCCCAUCACCCGAAACUACAGCCCCAACCACCUGACUCACCCCGGAAACCCCUCCAUCGCUGCUGCCUAUCACCAGCUUCAUCCUCGCCGCAUGACUCCCCUCAAGUCGGGCGACUCCCUAGCAAACGCCAUUGUCGCUUCAAGUCUUGCCUCGUCCCGAGCCCCUUCGCCCACAAAAAUACCUCCUUCACUGCCAGGCCGACGCACGUCUCACUCCAAACUCUUCACCCGUACUCCUAGUCCCAAGAAAGGCAUGCGCCACACGAUGCGCAAGCCUUCCUCCGAAUCCGACAGCGACCAAGACGAGGAUCCCUACUCCAAGCAUAAGAAAAAGAGGUGGGUAAAGAAACAUCCCAACAAGCACCACGAGGGCGAUAGAAAACGCUGGCGAGACACGGUCACUCAAACUGAGCGGAAACGCUACGAAGGCCUCUGGGCAGCCAACAAAGGCAUUUGCGUCGAGUACACUGCUUCAGAGCUAGCCGUACUUGCUGCACACCCCGAGUCCAAGGAGAGCGAUAGGAUCAGAGUUGAAGUCGGAGAUCAGGUUGCAGAUAUCGUGGCAAGAGACAUCUGGCUACGGAGUCGAUUACCUCCCCAUGAGUUGGAGUUGAUCUGGGACCUGGUCGACAAUCAACGAUGCGGAAGGCUUCACCGGGACGAGUUCGUCAUCGGACUGUGGUUGAUCGACCAAAGACUGAAGGGUCGAAAGAUCCCUGUGAAGGUCACCGACAGUGUAUGGAACAGCGUCAGACUACUUUCUGGCAUCAAGCUGAGAAAAGGGUGA